CAAAAUGGCGUCGUUUGCUAUGUGCACCGUGGUUUCUAUGAUACUUUUGUGAUUAUUUUAUUUAGAAUAUUUAACACGGGUACCUACAUAAAUAACAAUCUUUCCUUAAUUUGAUAAUUACAGAAUAUUACAUCAUAUGGCAACACCAAACAGUUACAAACAAACAGCAUCAAUGUCUAUGCCGAGUCCACAAAACAAUCCGCACUACAUGAUUGCGGGGGCACCAAUGAAUUUCGGUAUGAUGAAAGGCGGUAUGAAUGCACCGCCCCACCAUAACCCAUACCAGUACCACCCACAAUACCAGGGUGGACCGGGCAUGGGCCAUCCCGGAUAUGGGUGGCAACCACAGCGUUUUGGUGCAGAGAGUUCAAGAAGAGGGAAUUCAGGAGCCGGGCAGGCCUCCCAGGCUAACAAAGAUGACAAAACAAGCCCAUUUGUCUCCACUGUGCAUUCACAUCCCGGAUUCCAACCACAAAAGAUCGGCAAAGGUGCAGGAGGGCUCGCUGGUCUACCAAAACCACCAAAACCGCCAGAGAAGCCACUCAUGCCGUACAUGAGGUACUCAAGACGGGUAUGGGAUAGUGUGAAGGCAGCUAACCCGGACUUGAAGUUGUGGGAGAUUGGGAGGAUCAUUGGGGGCAUGUGGAGAGACCUGCCACAAGCGGAGAAGUAUGCAUUUGUCGAUGAAUAUGAAGCUGAAAAGACGGAGUAUGAGAAGAGCUUGAAGGCGUAUCACGCAUCGCCGGCGUAUCUCGCAUAUAUCGCCGCCAAGAACAAAGCCGUUGUUGGUAAUCUAGAGGAGGAGAGUACUACCAAAAAGGGAAGUGCGCAGAAGGAACAGCAACAACAAGACAGGCGUAUUGAUAUUCAACCCGCCGAAGAUGAAGAGGAUCAGGACGAGGGUCUGUCGGUGAAGCACGUGGCCUACGCACGAUACCUGCGCAACCAUCGGCUAAUCAAUGAGAUAUUCUCCGACACCGUGGUGCCAGAUGUCAGGUCUGUCGUCACCACCGCCAGGAUGCAGAUAUUAAAAAAGCAAGUGCAGUCUUUGACGAUGCAUCAGAAGAAACUUGAGGAUGAGCUGCAACAAAUUGAAGAAAAGUUUGAUGCGAAGAAACGCAAGUUUAUUGAGAGCAGUGAGACAUUCCAAGAAGAAUUGAAAAAGCAUUGUAAGCCGGCAGUGGACGAGGAAACAUUCGGCCGAAUGGUGGACCGUGCUCUCGAGCAGAUCAAACGCGGAAUUGCUAACCCCGGACACACGCCCAAUACGCCGCACAGGCGAGACGGCAUAAUGGAAAAUGGACAGGCCAUAAAAGCUAGCGAGAACGGCCUAAACGCACCCACUCAGGUUGACAAAGUGUCCACUACUGAGGUGAAGAUGGAGGAAAAUAUGACCACCGAGCUCAAGAAACCUGACAGUGAGAAGGACACCAUGCAUGAUCCGAUGCAACAGGAUACUGAAGGUGAACGUAAAGAAGACAUGAAGAUGGAUAUCAAAACAGAGAUGAAGGAGGCGCCAGUGAAUGCACACGCACCGCCUCCGCACGUGACGUCACCGCCGCACGCACCUAUGAUGAUGUCACCAAACAACGCUACGCCGCAUCAACCGCCGCCGCCGCAUGCCGCACCACCGCCCGGCGCGCCAGGUGCGUACACGGCGGGCGCAGGCCCGUACGGCGGGAGGUACUACACGGGCUACGGGGGCUUCCCGCCAUAUCCCUCUCAUCCCGGACACGCAACGCACCCCUACUACCCGCCUGAGCACUACGCGAUUCACUCACAACACCACCACGACAUUAAGCCGGCUGAAGAACCCCAAAUGAAGAAGGAGAACGAAUGAUUGUCACCCAAACGCGUCGUCAAGCGACGGCGCAAGUCCUCGCCCAAGGAGGCGCAGUGAGGACUCUAUUUGGACUGAUGUGCUUUUGUGGAAGCGUCUAAGUGCGAGUGAGACUAACUUUUAGGAAUAAGUGAGGGAAUACUCACAUAGUAUAUUAUGUGCUUACCUUUCGGAAAGUGCCUAAUUCUUACCCCCUUAUUCAUAAUGGUCUGCUAACUUUAAACAGCCGCUUAGGAGUGUUUUUCUCAUUCUGACUUAGGUCAAUAGAAGAAGACAGAGUGAGAAUUAGCAAUGCUUUAAGUUAGCAGACUAUUAUGAAUAAGGGGGUUAGUACAUUAUGAUACAAAUGAGCUAAGUUGCUCACUAUAUACGAGUGGGAGGCUCCUUUGCACGCAUGGAUGCCGGCUAGAUUAUGGGUACCGCAACAGCGCCUAUUUCUGCCGUGAAGCAGUAAUGUGUAAACACUACUGUACUGUAGCUAGUGAAAUUACUGGGCAAAUGAGAUUUAACAUCUUAUAUCUCAGGAUGACGAGCGCAAUUGUGGUGCCGCUCGGAUUGUUUGGGUUUUCAAUAAUCCUGAGCGGCACUGCAUUGUAAUGGACAGGGCGUUUCAAUUACCAUCAGCGGAACGUCCUGCUCGUCUCGUCCCUUAUUUUCGUAAAAUAAAACGAGGCUGUGGGUUGGGUCUAGACGUAGGCGAGGGUGUACAUCAGCUGAUCUAGUGAGUAAGUUGUUACUAUCUGUAAACUGUUUUUAUAUGUUAUAAUGUCGAUGUAAUUAAGUCUGCGCUUAAACGACUGUAACUGUUCCCUUUUUGUGUUACUAAUGUUUGUACUACAGAUAUUUUGUAUAUAAAUUAGAAUUAUCAUAAUAAUAUGAGAAAUGAUGAUAAUCAAUCUUGGACAGUGGUAGUUUAGCAAGGUCACGACACUGUUGAAAUGUAAUUAAAAUAUAAAUGCACAAAGAAAAAUAUACUUUAUUCAAAUAGGCUUAAACUGAGCGCUUUUGAAUUGUCACUAUAAAUAUUUCUUUUAAAUAAUUACUGAAUCUACCAUAUCUUCGGAAAAAGUAGAGCUCGUGAGAAGAAACUCAACAGACACUCUUUUCAAUCAAAUAGAGUAUUUUACAAUUUUUUUUAUGGAAUAGGAUGACAAACGAGCGUACGGGUCACCUGGUGUUAAGUGAUCACCGCCGUCCACACUCUCCUGCAACACCAGAGGAAUCACAAGAGCGUUGCCGGCCUUUAAGGUGUACGCGCUUUUUUUGAAGGUACCCAUGUACAAUUUCUGUAAAUAGAUAACAAAUUAGUAUGUAAGUUGCUGCAUCCAAUAUAUGAAACGUGUUUAAAUAAUAUCAAAUAUUUCAUAAAAAGUAAUAAAGAAUAAACUGUAUAAAAUAUUGGAUGCAUCCACCAUUAGAGCAUUUAAAAACAAUGAAUUCGAUAAUUGUUUGUGUAAGGAUGCUUCGUGAACAUGAUGGUCGUGAUUACUGUCUUAAUUAGUUUUCGCAUCCAACAAAUACAAUUACUUAGGAUAGAGAUAUGGUUUAUUAAAAAAAAGUAGGUUUUUCCAUGUUUUUACCUGGAUUCGGCUGAUUUUUUUUGCGGUCAAUGACCGAAAUUCUCUAUUUCGCGACUGAAGUAAUAUUAUGAAAAAGUAGCUUUAGAAAUGUUUUUUAGGUGACAAUUGUACGAAUAAUUUGUUUUGUAUAACUUAUGUAAUUGUAGGAGAGGAGACUUGACGAGUGGAUCCAGCCUAUAGCUUGUGAUGUGUAUAUAAUAAUCCUUAACUGUGUUUUAAUAAACGCGAAGUAAAGUUAUUCCAAGUCUAAAGCUUUUUGUCUUUAUCUUAUCUUUGUGACAACAAAAUUAAUGACAGGGAGAAGUAAUUAUAAACUUGGAGUAACUUUAUAUUGCGUUUAUAAGGCAGUGUAUGACUAGUACUGCUAUGAAAUAUUUUUGAAUUUUGUGAUGCGGUUUUUAUUGUAAAGCCUGUAUGAUAAUUAUAUUUAACUGAAGAGAAUUUAUCUUUAAAACAGUUUUGUAUUGACAAAUGGCCCAUCAUAGAUUAGUCAUAUUAAUUUUUUUUUCGAUACAUUUACGUAUUGAAGACCCCGAAACGGGGCCCAUAUGUCGGGCUCGGGUAUAAACACCUCCUACCGACUAAAAACCUCCUCUGUGCUGAUAGCCCUGAGGGCUUUUACAGCGAAACCGGGCGGGGGCCUUGGAGGCCGAGCAUAUUAAAAUGGACUUACAAAAUCAGCACUUUUGGUUGAUUUCGUUACGCGUGAUAAUGAAUAAUAUAACUAUUAAUAUACACUUUAGUUAGUAUAUUUUUCGUUCUGGGAUUAUUUUAAUAUAAAUUUUUAGUAUUAAGUAAAAGUAUGAUGUAUGUGUUUAUGAAUUAGAUCUAUUAAAUAUUUUUAACUGUA